UUAUUUAGCCCAAGUACACCAACAUGAUGAAACCGAAAACAGCCCAACUAUUUCUCUCCGACGCUGCAUUCUACAUGCUUUUACAAUCUCAAUUCUCAGUUUUUCUGAGAUCCAAUCACAUCAAUUCCGAUUAGCGGAUCGCCAAUUCCUCUGUGUUUGUGUAUUCUCAAUCCUAGUAUAGAAGAACAGGGGCAAUAUGUUUAAAUUUUUGAAGGGAGUGGUGGGUGGAUCUGGUACUGGACUUAAGGAUCUCCCUUACUAUAUCGGCGAACCUUACCCCUCCGCUUGGGGCUCCUGGACUCAUCAUCGUGGCACCUCUAAGGAUGAUGGAUCUCCAGUCUCAAUAUUUUCUCUUUCUGGAAGUAAUGCUCAGGAUGGACAUCUAGCAGCUGGUCGGAAUGGUGUCAAACGCCUUCGCACUGUCAGGCAUCCGAAUAUUCUAUCAUUUCUAUACAGUACUGAGGUUGAAACUUUAGACAGUUCUUCUACCUCAAGGAUUACUUUGUAUAUGGUGACGGAACCCGUUAUGCCAUUAUCUGAGAAGAUCAAGGAGCUAGGUUUAGAAGGCACACAAAGAGAUGAGUAUUAUGCUUGGGGGCUGCACCAGAUAGCUAAAGCUGUGAGCUUUUUGAAUAAUGAUUGUAAACUAGUACAUGGCAAUGUUUGCUUGGCCAGUGUUGUUGUCACACCAACUCUUGACUGGAAGCUGCAUGCUCUCGAUGUUUUAUCUGAAUUUGAUGGGAAUAAUGAAACUGCAAGUGGAUCAAUGCUGCAAUAUGAAUGGCUUGUUGGGCUACAAUACAAACCAAUGGAGUUGGCCAAGUCUGACUGGGUUGCAAUCAGAAAAUCUCCACCUUGGGCCAUUGAUUCUUGGGGUUUGGGUUGCUUCAUUUAUGAACUCUUUUCUGGUAUUAAGCUGGGGAAAACAGAGGAGUUGCGCAACACUGUUUCCAUUCCAAAGUCAUUACUUCAGGAUUACCAGCGCCUCCUGAGCUCUGUGCCCUCCCGCAGGAUGAAUACAUCAAAGCUUAUAGAAAAUAGUGAAUACUUUCAGAAUAAGUUGGUAGACACCAUACAUUUCAUGGAAAUUCUCACGUUGAAAGACAGUGUUGAGAAGGAUACCUUCUUCCGUAAACUUCCAAAUUUAGCGGAGCAGCUUCCUCGCCAAAUUGUGCUAAAGAAGUUGCUUCCAUUAUUAGCUUCUGCCCUUGAAUUUGGUUCUGCUGCUGCCCCUGCUUUGACAGCAUUGUUGAAAAUGGGUUCUUGGCUUCCAGCUGAAGAAUUUAAUAUCAAGGUAUUGCCAACAAUUGUCAAGCUGUUUGCCUCAAAUGAUCGUGCCAUUCGAGUUAGUCUCUUACAGCAUAUUGAUCAAUAUGGAGAGUCAUUAUCAGCACAAGUUGUUGAUGAGCAAGUUUACCCUCAUGUUGCUACUGGGUUUUCCGACACAUCAGCUUUCCUCCGUGAACUGACGUUAAAAUCCAUGCUUAUUUUGGCACCAAAGCUUUCUCAACGUACUUUUUCAGGCUCCUUAUUGAAGUAUCUUUCGAAGUUGCAGGUUGAUGAAGAGCCAGCAAUUAGAACAAACACAACCAUAUUACUAGGGAAUAUUGCAAGCUAUCUAAAUGAAGGGACAAGGAAGAGAGUAUUAAUUAAUGCUUUUACAGCCCGUGCACUGCGUGAUACUUUUUCUCCUGCCAGAGGAGCGGGAAUAAUGGCUUUGUGUGCCACUAGUUCUUAUUAUGACAUGAAUGAGAUUGCAAUUCGAAUUCUUCCCAAUGUUGUUGUACUCACUGUUGAUGCUGACAGUGAUAUUCGAUCAAAAGCAUUUCAAGCUGUUGAUCAAUUUGUUCAAAUACUCAAGCAGUACCAUGAGAAGACCUCUGCUGGAGAUACCACUGCAGAUGCAACUAUGGGGCUUUCAUCAAUGCCAGGAAAUGCUAGUCUACUUGAAUGGGCUAUGAGUUCCUUGACCCUCAAGGGUAAACCAUCUGAGCAAGCUUCACUUCCUCCUUUAAAUUCUGGUGCACCUCUAGCUUCUACAGCCUCCAAUGCCAGCUCAGCACCAGCCCGUGUAAAUUCCAGCACAAAAUUAUACGAUCAACCAGUAUCUCUGUCUCCUACUUCAACAGACGGCUGGGGAGAAAUUGAAAAUGGAUUUCAGGAAGAGCAAGACAGUGAAAAAGAUGGUUGGGAUGAUAUUGAACCUUUUGAAGAGCCAAAGCUAUCUCCAGCUCUUGCAAAUAUUCAAGCCGCGCAAAAGCGGCCAGUCUCACAGCCAGUUUCACAACCAAAGCCACAAGCUACAAGUCUGCGACCUAAAAAUACAGGAAAGGUGCCAAAAGAUGAGGAUGAUGAUUUAUGGGGUUCCAUUGCUGCCCCUGCUCCAAAAACGGCAUCAAAACCCUUGAAUGUUAAAACAGCAUCGACAACUGAUGAUGAUGAUGAUCCUUGGGCCGCCAUUGCUGCUGCUCCACCUGCUACAAGAGCCAAACCAUUGUCAGCUGGAAGAGGCCGAGGAGCUAAACCUGCUGCUCCAAAACUGGGCGCACAAAGAAUAAACCGGACUUAAUCUGGAAUGUAAAUGUCAGAGAACUAAAAAAGAUGAGGAAGGUCAAGAUCUGUAAAUUUUUCUUUGCUUUACUGGUGGCUGGUUUUCACAUUAAAAUACUUGAAUCCAUCACCUUGAGUUGUAUCUACUACUUUCUCCCAACAUAUUUGAUUUGUGUUAUCAUUCUUUUCUAUAAAAUACUGCUUUUGCUC